GAAACAUGGUGUCCUAAAAUCUACUUCAAUCAUAAAUGUUUUUCUGGACCCUAUUUGAGUAAAUUCCGAAUUGCUGAACUUCCAAGAUGUGUUGGCCCUGGUCCAAUAGUGUUGGUUAUGAAAGAAGUCUUAUCAAUGCUUAUCAAUGUUGCUUAUAAGUCAUGCCGUGUUUUGAGGGAACUUCAACUUGAUGGACCAUCUAAUCCAUCCAUGCAUCAACAGCAUUUAAAAGCCAAGUAA